AUGAUGUUGAGAUCGGUUAAUAAACUUUUCGUUCGCAGUUCUGCAGGUGCUUUGAGAAGGGCUACUAGGAGUUUAGUAUCGACUUCAGCUCGCACUCCCUCUCGUGUUAGCGUGGCUACUUCUGCUCCUGCCAUUGGCUCCAGAUUGUACUCUACCAGAUCGACCGUAAUUCAACUCCUUGAUAAUAUUGGUUCAAAGAGAGAAGUCGAACAAUAUUUGAAGUACUUCACCUCGGUCAAUUCUCAGCAAUUUGCCGUUAUCAAAGUAGGUGGUGCUAUCAUUACUGAUUAUCUGCAAGAGUUGGCGUCUUCUCUGGCAUUUUUAUAUCAUGUCGGUUUGUAUCCCGUUGUACUGCACGGAACUGGUCCUCAAAUCAACGAGAUUCUCGAGCAAGAGGGUGUAAUUCCAGAUUAUAUCGAUGGCAUUCGUAUUACAGAUUCGAAGACCAUGGAGGUUGUUCGUAAGUGCUUUUUGGAACAAAACUUAAAGCUCGUUACCGCUUUAGAAGAGCUCGGAGUCCGUGCUAGACCUAUCACUGGUGGUGUGUUUUCAGCUGAGUACCUUGACCAGGAGAAGUAUCACCUGGUUGGUAAGAUUACGAGUGUUAACAAAACGGCCAUUGAGGCUUCUAUCAAUGCUGGCGCCUUGCCUAUCUUGACAUCCCUGGCUGAGACACCUGAUGGCCAGAUCUUGAAUGUUAAUGCCGACGUUGCUGCUGGUGAACUAGCUAGAGUUAUGGAGCCUCUAAAGAUCGUCUAUUUGAAUGAGAAGGGCGGUUUAUUACAUGGUGUUACUGGCGAGAAGAUUAGUGUUAUUAAUCUUGACGAGGAGUAUGAAGACCUGUUAAAGGAGCCUUGGGUCAAGUACGGCACUAAGCUUAAGAUUAAAGAGAUCAAGGAGCUAUUGACUUAUCUUCCUCGGUCUUCGUCAGUGGCUAUUAUCUCCGUCAAUGAUCUGCAAAAGGAGUUAUUUACUGACUCCGGUGCAGGAACUCUUAUCAGACGUGGUUACAGACUUCAUGCCAGAGAUAAUCUCGAUCAAUUCCCUUCGAAGGAACAACUAAGAACAGCAUUAGCUAGAGACCCAGAUGUUCAGUCAAACAAGAUAUCUAUUGCAUCUUAUCUUCGUGGACUUGAAGGUGUUUCAUUUAAGGCUUAUGGAGAUGAGCCUCUAGAAGUUCUUGCCAUAGUCAGAAAUGGUCAAGAAAAUGAGAUUCCUGUUCUUGACAAGCUCCUUGCCAGUAAAAAUGGUUGGUUGAAUAAUGUUACAGACAAUGUUUGGUCAGCUAUUCGCAAGGACUAUGCCCAGCUGCAAUGGGUCAUUUCAGAAUCAGAUGAAAAUUCAAGCUGGCACUUUAGUAACGCUGAUGGCUCUUUUGCCAAGAACGGUAAGAUUUUGUUCUGGUAUGGCAUCGAAGAUACCAAAGCCAUUUCUGAUCUGAUUGCUGAUUUCUCUAAGAAGUCUGUACUUGAAUCUGUGAAUUCAGGCUCUAAUCCUACUGCUUCAGCUGUCAAGAAGUCUGUUUCUGGUGUAUUCCAACAGACUCGCUCAUUCUCCACUACUCGUAGCACCCCCUUCUUCUCUUCUAGGGGUCAACUCAAUGCUAAUCCCAACCCUCCCCUUAAAGAUGGCACUAACACCAAGCCUGCUAAGGUAGCUCUUAUUGGGGCCCGUGGUUACACUGGACAGGCUCUUAUCGAUCUUAUUAAUCGUCACCCUUACCUUGAGAUUGCUCAUGUGUCGAGUCGUGAGAAUGCCGGUCGUCCCCUCGCCGGCUACACCAAGGCCUCCAUUAACUAUGAAAACCUCCAAGUAGAAGACAUUAAACGUCUUGAAGAAUCUGGUGCAGUUGACGUUUGGGUCAUGGCUCUCCCUAAUGGUGUUUGUCAACCAUUUGUCAACGCCAUCGACGAGGCUCGUAAUCCUGCAAAGAAUUCAGUUAUUAUCGACUUGUCCGCCGAUUAUAGAUUUGAUGAAACAAAUCAAUGGACUUAUGGUCUCCCUGAGCUCAACAACCGUGCAGAAAUCGCCAAGGCACGUAAGAUUUCAAACCCAGGCUGUUAUGCUACCGCUGCCCAACUUGCUAUUGCGCCCAUUCUAGAGUAUAUUCCAAUAGAUGCCGUCCCUUCUGUGUUUGGUGUAUCGGGAUAUUCUGGAGCUGGUACAAAGCCUUCUCCUAAAAAUGAUGUUGAGAACCUCCGCGAUAAUCUCAUCCCUUACUCCUUGACUGAUCACAUUCACGAGCGCGAGGUUUCUUCGCAACUUGGAAAGCAAAUAGCGUUCACUCCUCACGUUGCCGCUUGGUUCCAGGGUAUUUCUCACACUAUUAAUAUCCCCCUUAAGGAGAAACUUUCAUCUCGUGACAUUCGUAAUAUCUAUCAAGAUCGAUAUGCUGGUGAGAAGCUCAUUACCGUAACUGGCGAGGCUCCUCUGGUUAAGGAUGUGUCUGGUAAGCAUGGUGUUGUUAUUGGUGGAUUCGGCGUUAACAAGAAACAAGACCGUGUCGUCAUUGUUGCAACUAUUGAUAAUCUUCUCAAGGGCGCUGCUACUCAGUGUCUUCAAAACAUCAAUAUCGCCCUGGGUUAUGGCGAAUACGACGGUAUUCCAGUCGACCACGUCAUCCGUGGCUAA